AUGGCCCCUUCAACCCGACUACGAUCCAGGCCAGAGGGCCGCAUCAAUUAUGCCGACGCUUCGGAAGCAGAGCUCGAAGCAGGUACUCAAAUGCCGUCUGAGCCUGUCGCAUCAACUCAAAAGCGUGGGCGUAAGCAUGCUGUUCGCGCGAAUGGCAUACACGCUUCGUCUGGAUCUUCGGACGCCUCUCCCAUAGUUGCCCCCAAACGCGUCGCUCGUGUCAAGGCUGGCGCGGUCGUCAAACCGAAAACAGAACCGAAGGCGCUCAAGAAGGCUCCGAUACCGCAGAAGAAGGAGCGGCCGACAAAGCGAGAGUGCUCGAUCUGCGCGACACAAAAGACCACGACUCGUUCAUUCAAAGCUCCUCGUGAUGCUUGUGAGCACCUUCAGUCUAUCUGCAACUUGUGCGUUGCAAAGAUGCUCAAGACAAAAGUCGCUGAACGCCAGCUCGGGGAGGCUGAGCUGAGCUGCCCCUUCCCCGAAUGUGGUCAUCUGCUAGACUAUACGGCUCUCCAGGCCAUUGUCAGUAAAGCUGCGUUCGAAGACUACGACAAAGCCGUCACAAAGCACGCUCUGUCUAUGGGAGAGUCGUAUGUGUCCUGCCUUUCCACAGCCUGCGGAUUGCACUUCUCAACUCAAGAUUGCGAAAACAACAAGCAUGACAAGCAGCUGGUCGCAUGUCCCUACUGCGACUAUGAGAUCUGUCUGAAGUGUAACAGGCCGUGGAAAUCGCAUGGAAAAGGCAGCUGUGAUCAAGCGAAGAAGGCAGAAGAAGAGCUGUGUAUGAAUGCUGUCAGGAAAAUGGGAGCCAAACCAUGCCCCAACUGCGGUAUGAACAUCCAGAAGAACGGAGGAUGCGAUCAUGUGACCUGUGGAAAAUGCAGCCAUAACUUCUGCUGGGUGUGUCUUGUCGGAUACACCAUCAACACUCGCCACCGCGACGACUGUCCUCACGCGCAAUCUUACAUUGCUUUCGAACCUGACAACUGGGCUCAGGACAAUUUGACCGACGCGCAGAUUAACAACUUGAUCGCCCAAGCAGCCGCUCGUCUUGAUGACCCUGCUCAUACUCCUGUGGCUGCUCCUGCACCCGUUCUCCAACAGCCACCAGUGCCAACACUACCCACAAUCCCACAUUUCGCUGGCAUCUUUAGAAGGCCUAUGAACGUUAUUCGAAGGGGUCGCGAUGGAGGCGCCGAAAAUGUAGGUUGA